AUUACGAAAAUGAAGAUGGUGUUCAAGGAGCUGAUGAUGCAAACAAACAAAUGAUUAAAGAAUCUAUCAAGAAAUUUGAAGAUUAUCAAAAGAAGCGAGGAGAAUUAAGAAAAACUAUUACAGAUAAAAAAUUAUAUGAACAAGAAUGUUCAAAACUAGAAAAAAAAUAUAUGGGAGACUGA